GAACCUAAAGAUUUUACACCAGCAUUUACAGAGCUUAGAUUCAUUCUUCAAUGGCCCUCUCUGUUACUUCUUCUUCUUCCUCUUCAACAGUAACAUCAAGUUCAUUCUUCUCACGUCUCCGAUCUUCGUCGGAACCCAAAGCUCCCCAAAUUGGUUCAUUUCGGAUUUCGGAGAGACCUCAUGUUUCCUCUGGCGUUGUUAAUUUGACUCAAACACGGAACAUUGUGAGGCCUCUGAACGCUGAACCCCAACGGAAGGACUCUCUUGUUCCUCUUGCAGCAACUAUCGUUGCUCCUGAGGUUACUGAGAAGGAAGAGGAAGAUUAUGAACAAUUAGCCAGAGACCUUGAAAAUGCUUCUCCUCUUGAAAUAAUGGAUAAGGCCCUGGAGAAAUUUGGCAACGACAUCGCUAUUGCCUUCAGUGGUGCUGAAGAUGUUGCUUUAAUUGAGUAUGCACAUUUGACGGGUCGACCCUACAGGGUGUUCAGUCUGGACACUGGGAGACUGAAUCCAGAAACUUACAAAUUUUUUGACGCAGUUGAGAAGCAUUAUGGAAUUCACAUUGAGUACAUGUUCCCUGAUACGGUUGAGGUUCAGGCAUUAGUAAGAACUAAAGGGCUCUUCUCAUUUUAUGAGGAUGGGCAUCAAGAGUGCUGCCGGGUAAGGAAGGUGAGGCCCUUAAGGAGGGCCCUUAAGGGUCUCAGAGCAUGGAUAACUGGACAGAGAAAAGAUCAGUCACCUGGUACUAGGUCUGAAAUACCUGUUGUUCAGGUGGAUCCAGUUUUUGAGGGAUUGGAUGGUGGAAUUGGUAGCCUGGUAAAGUGGAACCCGGUUGCAAAUGUGAAUGGUCAUGACAUAUGGAACUUCCUUAGGACCAUGAAUGUGCCUGUUAAUUCUUUGCAUUCCCAAGGAUACGUUUCAAUUGGUUGUGAGCCAUGCACAAGGCCAGUUUUACCUGGACAGCAUGAAAGGGAGGGAAGGUGGUGGUGGGAGGAUGCCAAAGCUAAGGAGUGUGGUCUGCACAAAGGUAAUAUAAAACAAGAAGAUGCUGCCCAGCCUAAUGGAAAUGGGGCCGCCCAUGCAAAUGGCUCUGCCACAGUCACUGACAUUUUCAACACCGAAAAUGUGGUCAGCUUGAGCAGGACUGGAAUGGAGAAUUUGGCAAAAUUGGAGAACCGAAAAGAACCCUGGCUUGUCGUGCUCUAUGCACCAUGGUGCCGCUUCUGUCAGGCUAUGGAGGAAUCGUAUCUUGAUUUGGCAGAGAAGUUAUCAGGGUCAGGUGUGAAGGUUGGAAAAUUUAGAGCGGAUGGGGAGCAUAAAGAAUUUGCAAAGAGUGAACUGGAGCUGGGAAGCUUCCCCACAAUACUUCUCUUCCCCAAACACUCUUCUCGGCCAAUUAAGUAUCCUUCGGAAAAGAGGGAUGUCGAUUCGUUGAUGGCAUUCGUGAAUGUCUUAAGGUGAUGGUCAACUAAGUAUGUUGCCCGAGGUUCCCGCGUACAAUACUGGUAAUAAAUUUAUUCAGAUUUUGGCAAUUCACUGAAUGUGGGAAUGGCAGUUUUGACAGCAAAACGAAGAUUCUCAGCUUAGUAUCUCUGUAUAGUUUUAGAUAACCUUCCUCAAAAGUACAAUUGUGGUAGUCGUUCUGUGAAGAGGAUUUGAUUUCCUCUUUUUUCUAGAUGAGUAGGUUAUUGUCGGAUUGCGUUGUUGUGUCUUCAAAUAUAUCAGAUUCUAGUUUUUUUUUUUU